AUGUCUGUUGUAUCUGUGUGCAUUAAAGCAGAAAGUGUAAAAGUAAACUGGAUUGGUGUUCCUGUACCUGAAAAUAUUACAGUAAAACAGUUUUAUGAAGAUCUUGUUGCAGGAAAAAUUGUUCCUGAGGCAAUUGAAGCGUGGGGAAACAGAGUGCAGUAUUAUCAAACAGAUAGUUCUACAUCACUAUCUUCUGAAAUAUCA